CGAAUGUGUUGGUUAACCUCUAAAUCAUAAUUUAUUUAUUAAUUUACUUGUUUAGUUUGAGAUAAAUCUCAAUAAUAAGCAAAUAAUCAUGAAUCUUUUACCGAAAAGUCAUAAAGAAUUUAGCGAAAAAGAUUACUGGAACAAAUUCUUCAAAAAAAGAGGCAACAAAGCUUUUGAAUGGUAUGGGGAAUACUUAGAAUUGUGCAGUCAGUUACACAAAUACAUAAAACAUGGAGAUACUAUCCUCAUGCCGGGUUGCGGCAACUCCAGUCUCAGCGCGGAUCUCUAUGAUGUCGGCUUCCAAAACAUAACGAAUAUUGAUGUAUCCGAAGUCGUCAUUAAACAAAUGAAGUCAAAAAAUGCCCAACGUAGCAACAUGAAGUUUCUCCACAUGGACGCUUUGAAUACGACGUUCAACGACAGCGAAUUUAAUGUUGUUCUGGACAAGGGCACGCUCGAUGCUCUGAUGCCUGAUAACUCGGAAGAAACAAAUGCAACCAUCAACAAAUAUUUUGGAGAAGUCAAAAGAGUGCUGAAAUUAGGUGGACGUUUUAUCUGUAUAACCCUGUUACAAAGUCAUAUCCUACACAAAAUAGUCGAGUGCUUCUCUGAUAAGUCAUGGAUGCUCAGAAUAGUUAGAUGUCAUGAGGCAGAGGAGAAGAAUGCCACAGAAGGAGACGGCACUACUUUGCCCGUCUUUGUAGUUGUUGCUACAAAAUUUAAGGAAAUGCCUAAACUAAUACUGGAAGCCUGUAUGGUUGGAGAUAAAAUGCUGAGGUUAAACACAACACAGGAGUUGAUAGACAAUGUAAAAACAGUUCAAGACGCUGCAUUCAUCACUAAUGGACUCGCUAAAACUUCACUAGAAGGAGAGGAGGAGGUGUCAUUAGAUCUCAUGCAGCCUGGUAAGGAGAUUCCGAGGUUCACACUGUACAUAAUAGACCAGAAGACUGCUCAGACUGUCAACAAGUAUGCUGUGUUCAUUGUGCCUCAGGGCAGGGAGUCGGAGUGGCUGUUCGGCAGUCCGGCUGGGAGGAAGCAGCUGCAGGCGUCGGCACGGUUCGGUCGGCUCGUGGUGGCGGUGCUGCGGCGGGGACACACCUUCGCCUCCCUGGACAGUGUGAAGGACGAGCUUGCGCACUCCGCCAGGAUGCUGGCGCCGUACGGGUUCGCUGGACAGAUUCCAUUCCUGUCUCUCGGCGAGGACGUGGGACGGCGCACGCGCGUGGGAGCGGGGCGGUCGGCGGCGUCAGGCGCGUACGUGGUGGAGGACGUGGACGUGGAGGGGGCGCCGCACCGCCGCCUCGUCUUCCUCGACAACCAGUUCCUCGUGCAGAGCGAGGCCCGGCUUAAGACAGUUAAGAAGAAGAAUAAGACGAAGCAUGUAGUGGACUUCGGUUACAUAUCGCAGUACCACAGCUUCAUGUGCGUGGGGACAGUGCUGGCGGCGGCGGGGCCGGGGGCGGUGCUGGGUCUGGGCGGGGGCGGGCUGUGCAUGUUCCUGCGGCGCGCCCUCCCCGCCGCCCCCCUCACGGCGGUGGAGCUUGACCCGGAGAUGCUGGCGGUGGCGCGGACCUACUUCGACCUCGAGCUCGACGACAGCUUGAAGGUCGAGGUCAAAGACGGCAUGGACUUCCUCAAGGACGAAGCAGCUAAAGGUACACAUUACCGCUGGGUGUUAUUCGACAUGGACAGCAAAGACCGGUCUCGCGGGCUGUCCUGUCCGCCGCCGCAGUUCCUCACAGACGACGCGCUCGCGCUCGUCACACGAGUUCUGGACGAUGAUGGUCAGUUCAUAUUGAACAUGGUGUGUCGAGACAACAGCAUAAGAGACUCUACCAUAGAGACCCUCAAGAGGCACUUCAAGUAUAUAGUCACAGUGAAUCUCUACGAGGAGGUGAACGAGAUAGUGUUAGCCAACAACAGCCAGCCGUACACCAGUGACAAACUAGAGUCAGCCGCUAAAGAGUUGAACAGUAUUGCCAGACAGCGAGGACUUGUGAAAAUCAAGUGUGUUGAUCUGAAGGACCUUUUACAGUCAUUGAACUUCGUGUCAUAGUGUAAGUAGGUUUAAAGAUAUAUUUUUUACAUAAUUUUCUAUAAUAUUAUUAUAAUCAUCAACUGUUGAGGGGAAUAGACUUUAAAUAGUGUUAAGUACGAUAAAAAUUUAAUUUAUUUACAAACAUUUAUUAAGAAUUCAAAAUUAAAUUUUAAAUGUCUUUUGAUUUACAAAGGAUAUGUUAACUCACGUUAAACAAGCAAUGUAAAAAUUAAGUGUAAAAAAAAUAUUAU